AUGGGGAGGUCAAAUUGGAUUUCGGACUUGACUAGUAGAAUCCAAAAAGAAUGGCCAUCUUUGGCAUGUCCAAGCAGUGACAACCUAGAUUUCUGGUCUCAUGAAUGGGUCAAACAUGGAACUUGCUCUAUGUCCGAUCUUGACCAGCACGAUUACUUUGCUACGGCCCUAAAUCUCAAGGAGCAGAUCGAUCUACUGCAAGUCCUAGAAAAAUCAGGUAUUCACCCCAAUGGAGAGGUCUAUGACUUGGGUUCCAUCAAAGAUGCAAUAAAAGAAGGCACCGGUUAUACGCCAUGGAUAGAGUGCAAUAGAGAUGAAUCGGGGAACAGCCAACUUUAUCAAGUCUACAUGUGCGUGGACACUUCGGGGUCUAACCUUAUUGAAUGUCCAGUGUUCCCUCAUGGAAAAUGUAGUUCCAGUAUUGAGUUUCCCUCCUUUUAAGUAGAAAACGUGCUAAACAGUAUUGAUCAAGACAUGGAGACGGUAGCAUGAACAAGAUUUUAGCGUCUUUUUCGUUUACUGUUGUUCAAUACUGUGUACCAAGCAUGUGUUAUCUCUUUCCUGUUUUUCUUUCCUGUGUAAGUACUUUCCUUUGUUCUAUUCUUCCAAAUCCUCGCGUCUAUGGUGUUCACAUGUUUACUCAAUUUAAGAGCUCGACUCUUGAACAAAAUUGAAUUUGAUUUGUUUAUUAUUCUCAUCUAAACAAGUUUUUGA